UCAAAGCUGCAGGUGCCAUCGAUGGAUGCCACAUCAGGAUCAAAUCUCCUGGUGACCCUGAGGGUCACUGGAUCAUUCCAAAAGCGCCCUCGAUUAUAGAGCGUGCUUUUGGAAUAAUGAAGACAAGAUUCAGAGGCAUCUUCCUGCAAGAGCUGGAGGUGCAUCACGUAAGUAAACAAACACAUAGCAGCAUUUUAUAUUCUUUAAGAAUAUAUUUAUAUUCAUUUAUAUAUUUAAUUUAUAUUGUGCAGGUUGUCACAGCUUGUGCCAUCCUGCACGAUAUCUGCUCCUGUGCUGACGACACCGAGGCCCCAGAGGAUGAUGAGGAGGUGAUGAUGAGGAGGAAGCUGGUUUGAAGGUCACCAGUGGUGCUGUCUGGCAGGACGAACUACCUACUGAGGUUUCUGUCCUGCGGGAGGUACCACCUGACCAUGACUACUGGUAACAGAAGCAAUGGACAUCCUGUUUUACAACUGAAGCUACCAUCUAGGAACGACACAUAGAUCACACCUGGAAGACGGUUGACCUUUCUAACUUAGACAGGAUGUGGAAUAUGCAAGCGUUGCCACUUGAAGUUGUUUGUUCUUCUCUAUGUCAGGAGGCUGCCCACUGUCUCCCCCUCUGGUCUCCAGAGAACAAACUACUUCCUGUUUCCCACAGUACAAUUCCCAGUGACCCCUGCAGGAGUCCCACAGCUGUUUCCAACAUCCACUCACCCUCCACAGCAUUUAACCAGUGCACCAAGCUAAGCUCAGCGGGAAGUAUUGAUCCUUGUUGACAAUUCUGAGCGUUUUUCCUUGUUGCCUCUUUGAUUAUUGACCUGGUUCUGAUCCUGUUUCUUUCCUCGACUCCUACCUGUCCCUGACCAUCCUCUGCUCCAACCUCUGAUUAGUCUAUGCCAGUCCUCAGUAAAGGUGCAGUAUUUUGUUCUGAUGUGGAACACUUCUUCUGAUAAAGAAGUAGAUGGAAAAAAUAGACAAAGAAACGCUGCGGUCAAAGCUGCUGCAAAAAGUGUGAAAAGGAAGGAAAUAUUCAAGCGAUUUUCUGCAAUCAAAUCAUCAAACACAAAUCAGUAAUCAAAAUUUGAUUAUUGUUUGCAAAAGUGACUUUCACGUUAAAAAUAUGAUCAUAGACUUCACAUUUUUAUGCUCUAAGCUGCCCACGUGUGCCAUUGCACACUGCUGCCACGGUCGAUGAGCACACCUGAUCUUUUCUGCGCACAACAUACAAUUUAUUCUGAACUUUAUAUAAAAACAUCAUAUAAGACAUGUAUUCUUUGUCACUUUCAAUGUAAUUCAGAGAUUGACAGGUGAUCAAAAACGGGCUGAUGAUGACAAGUGUGCAGGACAUAAAGCUGUGUUUAGAUUGAAGGCAGUGUUUCGUCGCUUUCCGUCUUCCCUGUCAAUUUGGCCACACGCACAGUGAACACUCUAGACACUGGGGGAGGGUGUUACUGGACUUUUUUUGUGUGCAACAGGAUGCAAAGCAUGCAAGCUCAGGUUUUCAAAUCAACAACGGACUUUUACCUGAGAGCGGUUGAGGGGGGUUGCCCGUGUCGGGGAUGUUCUCAGAGUUCUAUCCCUUCUGCGCUUAGUUCAGAUCUCAAGCAAGCACACGCAGCAAUUGUUUUUUCUUCCAUGUCAUUUCACAUCUUAAGCAUGUAUUUUUAUAAAUCACUGAUGCGAUUUAUUCUGAUUGUAUGUGUGUGUUCUGAAUUUUGUAUUUGUUUCCUUAUGUUUGCUAUUUUAACUACUGUUUUUAAUCUUUCUAUUAUUUAUUUAUUUUGGAAAGUUCUUUAAGACGUUCUUUGUUGCAGGAAAAGUGUUAUACAAAAUAAAUAGAAUAUGAAUUUAUUCCCAGACUAGAGCAGGAGUAGGACUCACUUCCUGAUUUUUUUUGUUUUACUUUUCACUGUUAUUGUUGCAUAUCACUUAUAUUUAACACAAUUUGAUGAAAAUUAGUUAAUUAUUUUAAUCCUUUUAAUAAAUUACAUCUGAGAUAUCAGACAGUUGAAAUGCUGUAGGAUGUGACUACAGAGUGAACUUCCUGUCUUGCUCACAAUGGUCAAAGGGGCGCUCAGGGAGUUUCUGUGUUUGCUCAGAUACAAAAAAUUAAACGAAACAUUGCUUCAAAAUGUUACUGGAGCAUCAAGAAACUAUCAUAUGACUGAAUCAUUUCAGGGAGAAAAUUCUUUGUAACAUGAGACUAAAAGGAUGAAAAUGGAAAAAGACCAACGUCUUAUGGCCUCGUGCUGCAAUAGUUCACCUGUUGUGAAUGAUGUGGUUUUAACACUUCAACCAGGAAAUGAGCUCAAAGUACAGAAAUAGAAAAUGUUUUUGCACUGAGACAAUGUGCAUGUUACUCUUAAAACCACAGAGAAGCUGAUCUCAGCGGUUCGGAAGAAUAAAGACAUUUGCUGUUAGAAGAGAGGACGUGGACGAACAAAGAGCAGAACUACACUGAUUUUCUCCUCAGUGAUUUUGAUUGUGAGGAUGGGAUACACUCUGCUCUGUGAACUGGAGUUCAUCUUAGUGCUGUAUUCACUCCACAUUGGACACACUCAAGAUGCUGUGUUAACUAUUAAACCCAAAUUGUCAACUUAUUUUAUUGGAGAGUCUUUAACCUUCAAGUGUGACAUGAAUGAAGGAAGAACUGAGGACUGGGAAUACAAAUUUAACAAAGAUGGUCAGACAUUUCUUGACUACGUCACAAACCCAAUUUUCAGAUUCAAUUAUCUGUAUAAAGACGACAGUGGUGAUCAUCAGUGCUGUGGUCACAAGAAGGGUUCAUCUACAAAGUGCAGCAAAAGUGUCUCUAUACAUGUAUCAGCAGACAAACCUAAAGCUAAACUGACAGCAGGAACAACAACUGUGUCAGUAGGAGACAGAGUGAGACUGAUCUGCUCUGUGGAGAAAUCUGCUGGUUGGAAAUAUGAGUGGUUCAGAAGAACAUCACAAACCUCUGAAGACAAAAUAAAUGAUGGACUAAAUGGAGAGAUCAGAGUCUCACAAGGAGGAAUCUACAGCUGCAGAGGAUUUAGAGGAGAACCAGCUUUUAACUCUGAUACAAGUAAUGAAGUCAACAUUUACAUAACUUUUUCCAACAAAGUCAUUGUGACACAGAAACCCAGCUGGUCUCAGGUCUUCAGAGGAGAGACGAUCACUCUGACAUGUGAGGUUCAGGGAGAUGAAGGAGUUCAGUGGGAGUAUCAAUGGAGAACUCCUCAGUCACAGAGAUUCAGGAUAAUCCGGGCAGAAACAGGCCAGACUAUCACAGCUUCCAUCAGUGGAGAAUACAGCUGUAAGAGCAGAUCCAGAGAUGAUCCAUAUUCUUCAACAAACUGGAGUGAAGCUCUAAGAUUAUCUGUUUUAGCACAUAAACCAAAGUCUGAACUAAACAUGUCAAAGUCUCCAGUAGAGGACAAAGUGAUCCUCAGUUGUUCAGUGAAGUCUUCAUCAUCUGGUUGGAGAUUUUUCUGGUUCAGAGAAGAGAAAUCCUCCAAACUGCUGACCAAACAAGAUGCUGAUUUCCUUUCAAAUGAACAAAUCAGAGUCUCACAGGAAGGAGUUUACAGAUGCAGAGGAGGAAGAGGAGAACCAGUUUAUCACUCAGAGUUCAGUGAUCCAGUCACCAUCAGUGUGGAGAAACUCAGAGCAAAACUAACAGCAGGAGCUAGAGUAGGAGGUGAAGUGACACUGAGCUGCUCUGUGGAGAAAUCUACUGGUUGGAAAUAUGAGUGGUUCAGAAGAACUUCAAAAACCCUUGAAGAGAAAAUAAAUGAUGGACUAAAUGGAGAAAUCAGAGUCUCACAAGGAGGAAUCUACAGCUGCAGAGGAUUUAGAGGAAAACCAGCCUUCUACUCUGAUACAAGUGUUGAAGUCACCAUAGAUGAACCGGUCCUGAGAGUGUCUCCACGGUGGUUGAGUCCUGGAUCCUCAGUGACUCUGAGCUGUGAGGUUGAACAUGAGUCUGCAGGAUGGAGCUUCUACUGGUAUAAAGCUGUUCCUGAUCUAUCACACAAGUCUGGCUCUUACAGCUAUGAGCUGCUGCCUGCUAGCUCCAAUGGGACUGCAGACAACUCCUACAUCAUUCAUGGACAGACACACACAGCAGGAUAUGUGUGCAGAGCUGGAAGAGGAGAGCCACACGUCUACACUCUUUACAGUCAACCUCACUUUGUCUGGUCUGGAGAUCUUCAUCCAUCAGCGUCUCUCUCAGUGAGUCCUGACAGAGUCCAACACUUCACCUCUGACUCUGUCUCUCUGACCUGUGAGGGAAACUCUGCUGAGUGGAGAGUCGGCAGCUUUCUGCUUCCUGACUUGCUGUCAUUCUGUUCUGACUGGGGAACAAUGAAUGGAUCAACAUGUCAUGUUCAGAAGAUCCAGUCCAGUAAUGCAGUGUUCUGGUGUGAGUCUGGAUCAGCAUUCAGCAACGCAGUCAACAUCACUGGACACUAUGAUGAUCUGAUCCUGCUGAGUCCUGUCCAUCCUGUGACUGAGGGACAUUCUGUUACUCUUGGCUGCAAGUGGAGGACAGAAAAUCUUCUUUCUAAAGUGUUUUUCUAUCAGAAUGACACAUUAAUCCAAAGUGAGAGCAGAGUGGAGAUGAUCAUCCCUGCAGUGUCAAAGUCACAUGAAGGCUUCUACAAGUGUCAAUCCUCAGGAAAAGAAUCUCCACAGAGCUGGUUAGCAGUCAAAUCAGCAUCCAGACCUGACAGCUCUUCACUUCCUGUUCUGAUGAUUGUUAGAGCAGUUUGUGUCUUUUUACUGAUGAUUUUUCCACUGAUGUUUUAUUUGUGUAAAAAGUCAAAAGAUUCAAACUCUAUCAGCAGAUCUGAUGAACAAAAUCAGAAUAAAGUUCCAGAUGAGAAUGAUGCUGAACAGAACAUAUAUGGAUCUCUGCUUCAUGGUGAUUUUGCUCUUUAUGAGUCAUUCAGAGGCCUUAAAGACAAAGAAAACAGAACAGAUUGUGGAAACACAGAUGAAUGCUGCUGCGCCACAUCUGCUGAGCUUUAGAACAUUAUGGAGAAAGAUGCUGAAGAAGAAUGAAGACAAUCUGAACUUUCUGCUUUUCUACCCUGGAACUUCACAAGAGCACCGUCGUGUUCUCUGGGAGAAUAUCAUUAGUUCAGAAUGACCUUACAUCAAAAAUUACAGGUUCAGUUCCAGCUCUGCCCGUCACUGUAGGUCAAAGUGUCCUUGCUCUCAUUGGUCCUGGUGGUCUGGUUAACUUUUUACAUGUCAGUUCUGCCUCCAUCAGUGUUUAAAUGUCUAUGAAUUCAGUAUGAUUUUUAUGACGCUUUGGUUCCUGUCAGAAGGUGGAAAGAACUUUAGAAGAGAAGAAAAUAAGAGUUUGUGUUGGGCAUGAUCAUCCUUUCAGAGUGAAAUUAUUGAUUAAUUUUUCUCCAAAAAAGAUGCUUUUACUGAGAAAGGAAACUUUAAUUUAAAAUAAAGUAUUCUUGCUUUAUUUUAACUUAUUGAUGCACGAACAUUGACUUUGCAAAACUUGUGUUUUAUAUUUUGUUUAGAGAUUUAAAAGAAUAUAUAUAUAUUUCUUUUUGAAGUUAAACAAAUGUAUAUGUCAUUGAACUGCAAGCAGCUUCAUUUUUACUAAUUGUG